CACACAAUUUCUCCAGAAACUUCAAAAUAGUUUCAUACAUCAAAUUUACAUCUCCCAUUCUACCGUUACUCCUACCCCCAACUCUCAUCACAUAAAUCUUCUUCUCCGUGAUCCAUAAACAUUUAUUGUCAAUAUCUCAUCUUCUAUUUCCCUCAACCCAUAAACCCAAUCAUCACUGACGGUCUCCACGGCGGGGAUAUGAAUCUGUCGCUGAAAGUUUCAGAUGGGAAGACAGCAUGCAAUGGCUGCAGUUGAUUUUAGAAGACAAAAUCGAUUCUUGUAAAGAAAACCAAACAUACUCCAAGAAGAUAAGAAUCGUGUUAACUGGUGAAAACAAGAGUUUGCUGUGUGGAAAUGCGAGUUUGCCAUGGUUCGCUCGGUACUCUGUUUUUGACGAAUUCUGCUGCGAAUUUAGGGGAACCAAUUCGUGAAAGAACUGCGAACCGGUUCGCGCGAACCAAUUCGCGGUUCCCCAUCAGAUGCACGAAUUAUGUGACUAUGGAAUAAUCAGAACCACCACCCUUCUCCAAUUUCACCUCCUUCAAUUCAUUGAUUACCGUCAUCAUCCAAAACCACCAUAACUCAUCAACAAACACAAACAUAAACAAUAACAACUGAAUAAGAAGGGGAUAGAAGGAAACAAAUGGAAAAAUUAGAUCGAAGAAAGAAGAAGGAGAAGCGAAGAACCACCGCCGCCGUCGAGAAUCCGGCCAACCACUGCUGCCGCCGCUUCUCUAUUUCUCUCUCACGCCGUUGGUUGGCCGGAUUACACUCGUGCCGCUUCUCUAACUCUUACCGGCACUCUUUUUCCCAACUGCUCCGGUUUACACUUGUUACAGAGGUUGAUAGCGUUUGGAACAAGACAUGGCAGGAACUACAUCAGCGGUUCUUCUUUAUCAUCAUCCUCCUCUUCACAAAAAAAGGUUUCACACAUUCUGCUUAUACUUUUGGCAAUGAAGCUGCCAUUAACAAAUGCCCCAUUGAUGGAAAUUUGGUACCGACAGGUGCUCUUGUUACAUUUGUUCAAAAGGGACUGCAGUACUUUGAGAUGGAAGCCAACUUGAAUAAUUGUGAUGCAGAAGUGGAUGAAGAUUUUUCAUUCUUACAACCUUUGGAUCUUAUCACAAAAGAUGUGCAUGAACUUAGGCAAAUGGUUAGUGAAAAAAGGAAAAAACUACCGAAGGAGAGAAAUAAAGAAUUAGAAAAGGAGCAUGAAGCUGAACGUGGACGGGCAAGAGAAAAGGAAAGACAUCAAAGGGAGAAAGAAGUUGAAAAGGAUAGAGAGAAGGAGAGGGUAAAAAUUGCAAAGGAGCGCGAACAUGUUAAUAAGACUGACAGAGAAGUGGUCAGAGAUCAAGACAAGGUUGCUGCAAAGCAUACUGACAGAGAAGUGAUCAGAGAUCAAGACAAGGUUACUGCAAAGCAUACUGACAGAGAAGUGAUCAGAGAUCAAGACAAGGUUACUGCAAAGCAUACAGACAGAGAAGUGGUCAGAGAUCAAGACAAGGUUACUGCAAAGCAUACAGACAGAGAAGUGGUCAGAGAUCAAGACAAGGUUACUGUAAAGCAUGAAGUGAAUGGAACUGUUGGAGUAGGACCAGAACCAAUGGAGAUAUGUACGACAUCAACAUCUCAGCCACGUCAAAUUCCUAGUUCAGAUGUGACAAUAUUGGAAGGGCAUACUUCAGAGGUGUGUGCUUGUGCUUGGUGUCCUUCAGGAUCUCUUCUUGCAUCGGGGUCUGGGGAUUCGACAGCUCGUAUUUGGGCCAUACCAGAAGGAAGAAGUAAGCCUGGUUCACAGAGUGUCCUUCCGGAUGCGUUAGUGUUGAAGCAUGUCAGGGGUAAAACAAAUGAAAAGAGUAAAGAUGUCACUACACUUGAUUGGAACGGGGAGGGGACACUUCUUGCAACUGGUUCAUAUGAUGGGCAAGCAAGAAUUUGGACAACUAAUGGUGAACUGAAGAGUACAUUAAGCAAACACAAGGGACCAAUAUUCUCUCUGAAGUGGAAUAAGAGAGGCGAUUAUAUCUUGACUGGAAGUUGUGAUCAAACUGCGAUUGUUUGGGAUGUGAAGGCAGAGGAAUGGAAACAACAAUUUGAAUUUCAUUCAGGUCCAACACUUGAUGUUGACUGGCGCAGCAAUACGUCUUUUGCCUCAAGUUCCACUGACAAUAUGAUAUAUGUCUGCAAGAUUGGUGAAACCCGUCCUGUACAAACUUUUGCCGGACACCAGGGGGAAGUUAACUGUGUCAAAUGGGAUCCCACAGGCACAUUGCUGGCGUCCUGUUCUGAUGAUAUCACAGCAAAGAUAUGGAGUUUGAAGCAGGAAAAGUAUCUUCAUGAUUUAAAGGAGCAUUCCAAGGAGAUAUAUACCAUCAGAUGGAGCCCCACUGGUCCGGGUACAAAUAAUCCUAACAAAAAAUUGGUAUUAGCUAGUGCCUCAUUUGACUCGACUGUAAAACUAUGGGAUGUCGAACUUGGGAAACUCAUCUACAGCUUGAGUGGACACAGGCAUCCCGUAUACUCUGUUGCAUUCAGUCCCAAUGGUGAGUAUAUAGCCAGUGGGUCUCUUGACAAAUCCUUGCACAUAUGGUCGUUGAAGGAAGGCAAGAUUGUCCGAACAUAUGCAGGCAGUGGAGGCAUUUUCGAGGUCUGUUGGAAUAAGGAGGGUGACAAGAUUGCUGCAUGUUUUGCCAAUAAUACGGUUUGUGUUUUGGAUUUCAGAAUGUGAUCCUGAGAAACACCAUGCAUGUUCUCCUGUGGCUGGUACAUUGGAUUCUUUCUUUUCCUUCCUUUAGCUUAGAUUGGUGGAAGUGUAUUUUGGUGGAUAGGUUUACCAUUUUAAUUUGUAGGCAUAACUUGUUGUUCUUGGAUUCUGUUGUAAUUUGUUAGAAGAAAGUAAUUUGUAGGAGUGCAUAUUUUUAAAGAGCAAAAAUGUACAGAUUUAGUCGGACAAUAUCCUGUAUAAUUAUCGCUUGACUUCAGUAUUGUGUAUGUAGUUGCCUUUUCCUGCA